CUCUUUGUCUAUGUCUGGUCCAAAUGGUUUCACUGCAUGUUAUUCUCUGGCUCACACACACACACACACACACACAUACACACACACAGCUCCAUGAGGACAGAGUGAGGCAGCAGGUUCUCUAGUGUGGGCAUUAAUUACAUGACCAGACAUCGACAUGGCAAAGAAGACCUGUAAUCCGGGCACAAGGUGGGACAAACUGCUCAUCACCUGUAUCCCCUUGAUAAGGCCAAAGCCAGCCACAGAAUCCCCACCUGUAAAAUGGAGUAGCGACGUUCCUCCCCAGUACGACCCGGCAGUGAGUCCAGCUGUCUGGAUAUCAAUGGUCGUCAUAGUGAACGGCUCCAUCCUGGCAAUGUUUCUAUGGUUCAUCAUAUACAAAAUGCAGGCAAGGCGCAAUCACACUGCAGGUGAACCAGAGGCAGGACUUAACCCUCCAGCUAAAGCCCUGCCACCUGUGGAGGGAGACUGUACAUCAGCCGUGGUACAGAGAGAGGAGGAGGCCCCUCCAUCCUGUCCUCAGCAGAAUGGUGGGACCCAAACAUGCUACAGGCAGGAGGUAUCCACCUACAGCGGGGCCUCUGUGUGUGGCUCUCUUGGGGAGGUAGGCGGCAUGUUCAUGUGCAAUGGUCUGAGGGAGCAUUGGAUCCCACUUCCUGCCACUGAGUUGGGGGAUGCUGCUUUGGUGACCACCAAGACUGUGCAAUGCUCCGACUGAGAGGACAUCAUUUUGACAUAUAAAACCACAUGGCCAUUGUUAAGCAAACAGACUUAUUCUUUGCAGUAUUGUUGGUACAGUAUAAUCAUUUAGAUGCACGUGUUUACAUUUGUGAUGGUGUAGGAGUAAAGACCAAACCUGUGAGAGAAUACUAUGGGAGACAACUAUGUACUUGUGUUUCCAUACUUAAAUAUUGUCAAAGACAAUAAGACAAAUCUGAGUAGAUUGGGUUAACUCCAAUAAUACCAUGGCUGUUAUAGGAUAUUUCUAUUUGAACUCUUAUUCUGUGUAGAAUUUGCUGGUAGUUUUAGAAUGAAGGUAUUAUCUGGCCAAUUAUAUGGCUAUAUGUCAUGCUGUACAUUUGUGUAUGAUGUGGAAAAACAACAUGUAAUUAAUCAAAUGCAGUGAAAUGAUGCAAUUUGUCGAUAUGUGUCAAUGUAAAACCAGUUGUAAAUAUGACUUUAAAACGAGCAAAAAUUUGGAAUAACAUUUACAGUCACUUUAUAAUUCACUUUUAGAUCAUGUAGAAGUAAAGGUGACAACGGCUAUUAACCUGUGGAUAUAUUUGACACAUCACAAUCAACAAAACACAAACUUAUUAUGUCGAAAUUUUACUCCGACUCAUAUACAAUACAGUACAUUUCGAUAAGAAAGAGGUUCUCUGACCUCAGAGAUGUAGAGGCAAGGUUUUUGGUUAAACAAAAGUAUACUGAUCUUUUUACAGAAAGUUAUUUGGUUUCAAUUCAGUGGACACACUUUAAUAAAGGUUGGAAACCCUCGAGAAAAAUUGUGGGCCUUUAAAAUGACGGCAUUUCAGACUACUCUAUCAAAUUUGAGGACAAAAACACAUUUUGUACUAUGACCCAAUAAAAUGCCCUGAGAUUAUAAUGAGAAACUAUGAACUGAGAUUACAAUGAGAAACUAUGAACCAAUAAAAUGCACUGAGAUUACAAUGAGAAACUAUGAACCAACACUGUGUGUAUACAUCAUUUAUAAGAUGUAUUCAUCACAUUAUUGAUGGCAAUAUUAAGCUUUAGUAUUAUUAUUGUGCUUCGGUGACAAUCAGUGAUAUUGUUUUGAACAAUUGUUCUUUGUUGAUCGCUGAGAGAAUGCAGAAAUACUCAUAUUUGUCUUUUCUUUGGGGGCUUCUUAAAAUAGAGUACCAUCCUGUUCCUUGGUUUACUGGUUCAGGUUUUCCUAAAGCAUCUCCAUUACAGACUAUUUAUGGAACGUCUCCACACAUUUUGCUCAUGUGACCCAAAAUAACCUUUAUCUCCAACCAGAAAACCAUGUAUUUUACCCGGAAAUUCCUUGGAAAACAGUCAGGGUUCCGAUGUAUAAGGCAUUACUGUAGCUAUUGUAUCAGGUGAAUAUAAGACUACUUGACUCCACUGUCACCGUUUGACAGCGUGUAGUAGCGCUGUAUCCCCACAGGAGGCAGUCUGGUCCUGGGUGGCUACAGGUAGGUGCUGGGAAUGUCUGUGAUGGCCAGGUGCAGGUACUCUGGCAGGCCGUCCUCCUGGCUCCCAUUGGUCUCCCUC